AUGCUGGAAUCUAAGAAUUCCCCCUUCAGAAACAAAUAUGUUGGGCUUCCUCUCAUUUUAUACAUGGUCGGAUUAGCCAAAAUGUCUGAUGCCGGAGCUUAUUUGCAUUUUGCCGUUGAAACAACUCUAGCGGCUUAUCUUAACCCCGAGUCUUCGUGCAUUGCAGAGGAGGAUAUAUUAUGGACAUUACAAUCUCACAAGUCUCUUCGUUUUUGGCACCAUGGUCGCCAAAUUUGUCUCAGUAGACCAGCUCUUACAAACUAUUUGGUGCAUUUGGCACGAAAAUCCGUUCGCAAGCCUCCCAAACCCACCACAUAUCCUUCAAUGAUUUUAGCCGACAAUGAUAAAGACAGAUCAAGCACCAGGACACUCUCCGGCGGUACUGAAGCGCUUGUCAGUCAAGUUCGCAUGCACACUCGAUCAUCUCAGGCGUAUGAGAGUCGUGCGUCUACCAAUAUACAAUCGUGCUUGAUAGAGUCUGGAGUUAAAGUCUCUUCUGAACUAGAUAUUCAUUUAGGGUUACCUAAUGGUGAUAAUACUAAUAUUUGUACUGAUGACUUCCUUUCGCAUCCACUGUCAGUCCAGGUGGCCGAUAGACCAGGUUCUGAUCAGUCAGGAUGCUUUGUGGCAGUGAUACCAUUAGAAAUAGAUGUUUCAUGCUUAAAAUGGACUCCGCCAAUUAGAACUCAUUCCCCCCAGGCGCUUAAGCGGUGA